CUGUACGCCUUUCCACCGAUUCCACUGAUCCCCAGAGUGAUCCGGAAGCUCCUAUACGAGAAGUCAGAAUUAAUAUUGGUCGCCCCCUUCUGGCCCAGGAGACCCUGGUUCGCGGACCUGAUCACUCUGUCAAUUCGAGAACCGUGGAGGAUUCCGGACAACCAGGUGUCCCUCUGCCAGGGACCGGUUCGACAUCCCGAUCCGCAAUGGCUACGCCUAGCCGUAUGGAGGUUGAGCGGUGCGUCUUAGCUACAGCAAGGGUUCCGCAUCAGGUCAUUCCUACCAUGCUAGCUUCUCGCCGAGACUCUACCAAACGAAUUUACGAGGCCACGUGGCGCACGUUCGAAAAGUGGUGCACAUCUCAUAGUAUAAGGGCCACCUCGGCUUCCGUCUUGGACAUUCUGGCUUUUCUGCAGCGAGGUCUUGAUUCAGGACUGGCGACGAACACACUCAAGAGGCAGGUGGCGGCUAUUUCGUCAGUCCUGAGGUGCGGUUCACUCAUUUCCCUUUCAAAAGAGCCUCUCAUUCAACAAUUCUUCCGAGGGGCCAACAAUGUCAACCCGCCGGUCGUACAUCGCUUUCCAUCUUGGCGAUUGAACGCGGUACUCAAUGCUCUGACCAAGACACCGUUUGAACCACUUAGAGACUCCUCUCUCCGGUUUCUGUCGCUGAAGGUUUCCUUUCUGAUAGCCAUCACAUCGGCCCGCAGAAUUUCGGAAUUAUCAGCUUUGUCAGUUCGUCAAGACCUCUGCACUUUCUUUAAUGAUAGGGUGGUGCUACGUCUAGACCCUACCUUCGUCCCGAAGGUUAACAGUCAAUUCCAUAGAGCACAAGACAUCGUACUGCCCAAUUUCUGCCCAAAUCCGAGACACCAUUUGGAAAAGGUGUGGCACACUCUAGACGUUCGGAGAGCAUUGAAGAUUUACAUUGAUCGGACAUCGACCUUCCGUAAAACAGAAGCUCUCUUCGUGUCAUUCCAACCACUUACUCUGGGUCAGAAGGUGACCAAAUCGGUUCUGGCUAGGUGGAUCAGAGCAACAAUAGCCACAGCAUAUGAGAGUCAGUCUCUUCCGGUACCGCGUAAUAUUACAGCACACUCUACCAGGAGUGCAGCUUCUUCUGCCGCUUGGGGGGCCCAGGCUUCGAUCGAUGAGAUCUGCAGGGCAGCUACAUGGUCCACUCCUUCUUCGUUCAUUCGACACUACCGGGUGGACUCCUACGCGUCGGCGGACGCAGCGUUUGGCAGGCGAGUUCUACAGACGGUUUUUUCGCAACAACAAUGACUAGCCGCCAUCGACCCUCCCGUUCAACACGACGACCUGCAGUUGGAUCCUCGCCGAAAAAGCUGGAAAGAAAGAGGAGUAGGCGGGGAUCUCAAACAACUAAUUUUAAGACUCGGUCCAAUCAGCAUCGAGGAGAUUUACCCAGUCCUGACGG